UUAAUUUUUUCUUUGAAUAGUGAGAUUGGUUAGCUGUAUUUUCAUUCAUAAAAUUUAAAUUUCUUUAAAAUGGGUACUAGAGGACUCAGUGCAACUGCUACAUCUAUUGUGCCAAAUGAUGGAAAUCACUCUGGAGUCAUUCGUUUACUAGAAGAUUUGUCUCGCCUUUCCGAAGACAAAGAUUCAUCAGAUGUCAUAUUUCUACUUGGGAGAGAAGAAACUCCUAUUUAUGCUCAUCGAAUCAUUAUGCAGGCACGUUGUAAAAAUUUUUCAGCUCCCAAAAGAAUUGGUAAUAGUCCAGCAACUGUAAGAAUGCCUCAUGUCAAUUCAGAUACCUUUCGUCAGUUUAUCACCUAUAUUUACACUGGUCAAAUAAUUUUACAAGACAACGGUAUCUUUGAAAUGCUCAGUUUAGCUCAAGAACUAGGAGUCGAAGAGCUCAGACACAGCUGCGAAGAACAUGUCUCAGUGACCCUAAGUCCAGUUAAUGCCUGUACACUACUCAAUGCUGCUCUCGAGGCUCAAGACAGAGUUGUCAGUGGUAAAGGAGCUUGUGUUUCAUUUAUUGAACGUUGUUUUGCAUACAUUGGUGAAAAUGCAAUAGAUACAUUAAAAACCAAUGCUUUUUGUAGUUUACCUAAAGAUGCAGUGAUCAAGCUUAUCUCAUCAGAUUAUUUAGGACUGGAAGAGGAAGAUGUGUGGCGAGCAGUUCUGAAUUGGGCUAAAUAUCAAGCUGGUGUAACCCAGCCAACGCAACACUGGACUGAGGAAGAAAGAGCCAGGGUCUGUCAACAUCUAGCCGGUGUUAUAAAUCACGUCAGACUGCUACUCAUAGACAGUCAAGUUUUUGCUGACGAAGUGGAACCCACAGGUGCUGUACCAAUAGAGCUGCUUUUAGAGAGAUACAGAUAUGCAGCUCUUCAGAGCAAGAAUCCAGACGCGUGUGCUGCUGACAAGAAGCUUCAACCGCGCAUCGGGCCUUUUCUAUUUCCCGGAUCUCAGAUAUUGGCCAAGGAUAAAAUGGGUUUUCAAAGGCUGCUGAAUCAAUGGUACGGCAAUCCCAAGCAGUCCUGGCGAUUGAUUUACCGAGCCUCGUCUCACGGAUACGCGGCGUCCGCCUUUCAUCGGCACUGCGACGGUGUCGCGCCGACUUACGUCAUUGCUCUAGGCACACGCGGUGAAAUCUGCGGCGGCUUCAGCGACAUACCGUGGGGCAAGGCCAGCAGCAAGGGCCACAGCUACAUGCCCUCGGACAAGGCGUUCCUGUUCACGCUGGUGAACGAUCAGGACGUGCCGCCAACAAAGUACGACGUGGUGAAGAAGCCGUUCGCCAUCUGCUAUCAUCCGGACAUCGGGCCGAUUUUCGGCGCCGGGGCCGAUCUGCUCAUAGCCAACAAUUGCAACAGCAACAUGGACAGCUACAGCAAUCUGCCGCACAGCUACGACGGCGAGAACGCCUCGACCUCGAUACUCAUGGGAGAUUAUUAUUUUUCCGUCGUCGAUUACGAGGUGUUCACGCUGAGCAGUGUCGCCGUUAAGAAUAACAAUCACUAGACGAGAGACGAGACGAGCAGCAGCGUCUUCGGAAAUGAAUUACUGCUAAAAAAAAAAAAAGAAUAAGAAGAAAAGACUCAUAAAAGUAUUAUUAAAUAAUUAUGAUUGCGCUUUAAGCUAAAAACCUGUGCUUCCACACUUGGAAGAUCGUUAAACGCGUGUCGAUCGCGGCGCGUGAUGAGUAACCGUCCAUUUAUUUAAUUUUUUUUAUGUAUACGCAAUAUUCGCUCGUUCGCGGGUAAUUAAAUUGCUGAUUGCUUAUGUGAAAUAUGCAUUUCAUCUCUCUCCAAUGUUUUUAAAAAACACGAUUUUUAGUUUUAAGAUGAUUUUAUAUGAAAAGAUUUUUAUAAAC